UCAUGGGAAGAAGCAGAGAACAUCGUCCAUGACAAGUUCAGUUCAUAACUUCGUCUUGGAUUGGCCAACAAGGUUGCAGAUUGCCAUUGGAGCUGCAAAAGGCCUAUGCCACAUGCAUGAAAACUGCUCUGCCCCGAUCAUACACCGAGAUGUGAAGUCCAGCAACAUCUUGCUAGAUGCCGAGUUCAACGCGAAAAUUGCGGAUUUUGGAUUGGCCAAGAUGUUGGUCAAGCAAGGAGAGCCCGACACCAUGUCAGGAAUUGCAGGCUCUUACGGAUAUAUUGCCCCUGAGUAUGCUUAUACAACAAAGGUGAACGAGAAGAUCGAUGUAUAUAGCUUUGGAGUAGUCCUGCUUGAGCUAGUGACGGGGAGAAAACCCAACAGCGGGGACGAGCACAUGUGCCUUGUAGAAUGGGUAUGGGAUCAGUUCAGAGAAGGGAAAACCAUUGAGGAAGUGAUGGAUGAGGAGAUCAAGGAACAAUGUGAAAGAACACAAGUGACCACUCUCUUUAGUCUAGGCCUCAUGUGCACUACCACAUUACCAUCCACUAGGCCAACAAUGAAAGAGGUUUUGGAAAUUCUUCGACAGUGUAGUCCUCAGGAGGGCCUGGCCCCUGUAGAUGAAUCCAUGCUUGGUGGUAGUAUGCUUAUUGAUGAUAGUCUGGAGAUGUGGAAAUCAAAUGAUUCUGAUGAACUAAAUUUGAUGUGUGAUGAGAUAGAUGACGUGUUAUCUAAGGAUCACAAAGUUCAUCAAUAG